AUGUUGGCGACAGUGAAGCCUUUCCCCUCAUGCCAGGCUAGUACCCGUGCAGGGCUUAGGAGACGAUUGGUGAUCGCCCUCUCGGUUUUCCAAUCGCGCACGUUCUCCUACACUGCGAAGCGGCAAGAGGAGAAGCAACAGCAGUCCCCGCCCAGCCUCAUCACCUCUGUUCCCUACUCUGCGCUUACUGUCGGUAUUCCUCUCGAAACGUACCUAAACGAGCGCCGCGUUGCCCUUACGCCCCAGAAUGCCGCCCUUCUUCUCAAAAAGGGGUUCAGCCGCGUCCUUGUCGAGCGUGGUGCCGGAUCAGAGGCAAAAUUUACAGAUCAAGCAUACCAGAAUGCUGGCGCCAUCGUGGUGGACCGCUCCCAGCUCUGGGCGGAUAGUGAUAUUCUGCUCAAGGUUCGCAGUCCCAUGAUUGAAGGCGAUAUCAAUGAGGUCCGCCAGAUGCGCGAAGGCUCGACGCUGUUAUCGUUCCUGUAUCCAGCGCAGAAUAAGAACAUCGUAGAAUCAUUAGCUGCUCGCCAUGUCACCUCGUUUGCUAUGGAUAUGAUUCCGCGUAUUUCGCGCGCGCAAGUGUUUGAUGUCCUGAGCUCUAUGGCAAAUAUUGCUGGAUACAAAGCUAUUUUAGAGGCAUCCAAUCAUUUCGGCAGAUUUUUACCAGGUCAAGUCACCGCAGCUGGGUGCGGCUCAAUUACUUUUCUUAUACCUCCUGGUAAGGUUCUUGUUAUUGGAGCCGGUGUUGCAGGUCUCAGUGCGAUUUCUGCGGCACGCCGGAUGGGAGCAAUUGUUCGUGGGUUCGACACUCGGCCUGCAGUACGCGAACAAGUUCAGUCCUUAGGCGCCGAAUUUAUUGAAGUCGAUUUCAAGGAAGAUGGCUCUGGCGCUGGUGGAUAUGCAAAAGAAAUGUCAAAGGAAUUUAUUGAAGCUGAGAUGAAAUUAUUUCUGGAGCAAGCGCGCGAGGUGGAUAUUAUCGUCACGACAGCCUUGAUCCCAGGGAAACCUGCGCCGAAAUUGAUUACUGAUGAGAUGGUUUCAGCUAUGAAGCCUGGGUCUGUGAUUGUCGAUCUAGCCGCUGAAGCUGGUGGAAAUUGCACCCUGACAGUUCCAGGGCAGCUUGUGACGCGGAACGGGGUGACUAUCAUUGGAUACACGGAUCUUCCAUCCCGGCUUCCUACACAAUCAUCGACUCUAUACUCGAACAAUAUCACCAAGUUCUUGCUCUCGAUGACGCCCGAAGAGAAACACUUUGCAGUCGACCCCGCGGAUGAAGUCGUACGAGGCUCAAUUGUCACUCACGAUGGCCAAAUCCUCCCUCCCGCCCCACGGCCAGCACCGCCACCAACUCCACAGUCAAAGGCCGCUCCUACGGAAGUCUCUAAGGAGUCCGCUGAGCUGGCCCUAACGCCAUUCCAGAAAGUAUCUCGUGAAGUUGCGACUGUGACAACUGGAAUGGGAUCAGCCCUGGCACUGGGAAAAUUUACCGGUCCGUUAUUCAUGGGUAAUAUGUUCACGGCUGGCCUUGCCGGUCUGAUUGGAUAUCGAGUUGUCUGGGGCGUGACUCCGGCCUUGCACUCACCGUUGAUGAGUGUCACGAAUGCUAUCUCAGGAAUGGUGGGAGUGGGAGGCCUGUUCAUUAUGGGUGGAGGAUAUCUACCGGGUACCAUACCACAGGCUCUGGGCGCCUUAUCGGUCCUCCUGGCUUUUGUGAACGUAUCUGGCGGAUUUGUGAUUACCAAGCGAAUGCUCGAUAUGUUUAAACGCCCUACUGACCCUCCGGAAUACCCUUGGCUUUAUGCCAUUCCCGGCCUACUUUUUGGUGGAGGCUAUGUCGCCGCUGUGAGCACUGGUAUGGCCGGCCUCGUACAAGCAGGCUAUCUCGUUAGCAGUGUCCUGUGUAUCAGCUCGCUUUCCGGGCUUGCUUCCCAAACAACUGCCCGAAAAGGAAAUAUGCUCGGUAUUCUGGGUGUUGGCUCCGGUAUACUUGCAUCGUUGGCUGCUGUUGGCUUCCCAGUUGAGGUUCUCGCCCAAUUCGUUGGUGUUGCCGGAAUUGGUAGUAUUCUUGGUGCCGUUAUCGGCCGUCGUAUCACUCCAACUGAGCUUCCACAGAUGGUCGCUGCCUUACACUCUGUUGUCGGCCUAGCAGCAGUCUUGACUAGUAUUGGUAGCGUACUUGCAGAUGUCGGGUCUAUUUCUACUCUGCACCUUGUUACCGCGUACUUGGGCGUCCUCAUCGGCGGUGUUACUUUUACCGGCUCAAUCGUAGCGUUCCUUAAACUUGCUGGCAAGAUGGCCUCGAGACCUUUGAACCUUCCAGGGAAACACUUGAUAAAUUCCUCUCUACUUGGCAGCAAUAUGGCACUCAUGGGUGCUUUCAUCACCAUGGCUCCAGGUUCUCCUGCAAUUGCUGCCGCAUGCUUAGGGACGAAUACUGUCCUGAGUUUCUUGAAGGGAUAUACUACUACAGCUGCGAUCGGCGGCGCGGAUAUGCCUGUCGUCAUCACCGUGCUUAACGCGUACUCUGGCUUCGCCCUUGUUGCAGAAGGAUUUAUGUUGAACAAUCCUUUGCUCACUACUGUUGGAUCACUGAUUGGUGUCAGCGGCUCGAUUUUGUCAUACAUCAUGUGUGUCGCAAUGAACCGUUCAUUGACAAAUGUUUUAUUUGGCGGAAUUUCUUCUCCGACCCAAACUGAACAUAAAAUUGAAGGCCAGAUUACAAAGACUUCUGUUGAUGAUACUGCUGAUACCCUUUUAAACGCAGAAAGUGUUAUUAUUGUUGUUGGGUACGGGAUGGCUGUUGCUAAAGCCCAAUAUGCGAUAUCUGAGAUCACGCGGAUGCUCCGUGCUAAAGGUGUUAAGGUGCGGUUUGCCAUUCAUCCAGUCGCUGGAAGAAUGCCUGGACAGUGCAAUGUUCUUCUUGCUGAAGCUGCCGUUCCCUAUGAUAUUGUCCUGGAAAUGGAUGAAAUUAACGAUGACUUUGGUGACACUGAUGUUACCCUUGUAAUUGGGGCAAAUGAUACAGUCAAUCCCAUUGCACUUGAACCCGGCUCGCCCAUUGCUGGCAUGCCUGUUCUCAAUGUGUGGAAGAGCAAGGAAGUUAUCGUCAUGAAACGCGGGAUGUCCAGUGGCUAUGCCGACGUACCGAAUCCUAUGUUCUACAUGCCAGGAACCAAGAUGCUUUUUGGUGAUGCGAAGACUUCAUGUGAUGCUAUUCAACACGCCCUCGAGGCUCGAAAGUAA